AUGAGCCAGCCCAGGCCCCGCUACGUGGUAGACAGAGCCGCAUAUUCCCUCACUCUCUUCGAUGAUGAGUUUGAGAAGAAGGACCGGACGUAUCCAGUGGGAGAGAAACUUCGCAAUGCCUUCAGAUGUUCCUCAGCCAAGAUCAAAACUGUGGUGUUUGGGCUGCUCCCUGUGCUCUCCUGGCUCCCCAAGUACAAGAUCAAAGACUACUUCAUCCCUGACCUGCUUGGCGGACUCAGUGGUGGAUGUAUCCAGGUCCCACAAGGCAUGGCAUUUGCUCUGCUAGCCAACCUUCCCGCGGUCAAUGGCCUCUACUCCUCUUUCUUCCCCCUGCUGACCUACUUCUUCCUGGGGGGUGUGCACCAGAUGGUGCCAGGUACCUUUGCCGUUAUCAGCAUCCUGGUGGGUAACGUCUGUCUGCAGCUGGCCCCAGAGUCGAAAUUUCGGGUCUUCAACAACGCCACCAACGAGAGCUACGUGGACACAGCGGCCAUGGAGGCGGCAAGGCUGCACGUGUCGGCCACGCUAGCCUGUCUGACUGCUGUCAUCCAGAUGGGCCUGGGCUUCAUGCAGUUUGGCUUCGUGGCCAUCUACCUCUCCGAGUCCUUCAUCAGGGGCUUCAUGACGGCCGCGGGCCUGCAGAUCCUGAUCUCGGUGCUCAAAUACGUCUUCGGACUGACCAUCCCCUCCUACGCAGGCCCAGGGGCCAUUGUUCUUACCUUCAUUGACAUUUGCAAAAACCUCCCCCACACCAACAUCGCCUCGCUUAUCUUCGCCAUCAUCAGCGGUGUCAUCCUGGUGCUGGUGAAGGAACUCAAUACUCGCUACAUGCACAAGAUCCGCUUCCCCAUCCCUACAGAGAUGAUUGUGGUGGUGGCGGCGACAGCUAUCUCUGGGAGCUAUAACAUGCCCAAAAAAUACCACAUGCAGAUCGUGGGAGAGAUCCAACAUGGGUUUCCGACUCCAGUGACACCUGUGGUUUCUCAGUGGAAGGACAUGAUUGGCACAGCCUUCUCCCUCGCCAUCGUGAGCUACGUCAUCAACCUGGCUAUGGGCCGGACCCUAGCCAACAAACAUGGCUAUGACGUGGAUCCUAAUCAGGAAAUGAUCGCUCUGGGCUGCAGCAACUUCUUUGGUUCCUUCUUUAAAAUCCAUGUCAUCUGCUGUGCUCUCUCUGUCACUCUGGCUGUGGAUGGAGCUGGAGGAAAAUCCCAGGUGGCAAGCCUGUGUGUGUCCUUGGUGGUGAUGAUCACCAUGCUGGUCCUGGGGUCCUAUCUGUACCCUCUCCCCAAGUCUGUGCUAGGAGCCUUGAUAGCUGUCAACCUCAAGAACUCCCUCAAGCAACUCACUGACCCCUACUAUCUGUGGAGGAAGAACAAGCUGGACUGUUGCGUCUGGGUGGUGAGCUUCCUCGCCUCUUUCUUCCUGAGCCUGCCAUAUGGUGUGGCAGUGGGCGUCGCCUUCUCUGUCCUGGUUGUGGUCUUCCAGACCCAGUUUCGAAAUGGCUGUGCUCUGGCCCAGGUCAUGGACACUGACAUUUAUGUGAAUCCCAAGACCUACAAUAGGGUCCAGGAAAUUAAAGGGGUUAAGAUCAUCACUUACUGCUCCCCUCUCUACUUCGCCAACUCAGAGAUCUUCAGGCAAAAGGUCAUUGCCAAGGCAGGUGUGGACCCCCAGAAAGUAUUACUGGCCAAGCAAAAAUACCUCAAAAAGCAAGAGAAGGAAAGAAAGAUGCCCAUACAGCACCGGAAAUCUCUAUUCAUGAAAACCAAGACUGUCUCCCUGCAGGAGCUCCAGCAGGACUUUGAGAACGCCACCCCCACCGACCCCAACAACAACCAGAAGCCCACUAAUGGCGCCAGCGUGUUCUACGUCACCUUCAGCCCUGACGCCUCCUCAGGUGCCCACUGUGAGCUCCCGGCCUCAGCUAAGUCCCCCAGUGAACCCAGCACCAGCAACAUCCUGGCCAGUGUCCCACCCUUCGUCACCUUCCACACCCUCAUCCUCGACAUGAGUGGAGUCAGCUUUGUGGACCUCAUGGGCAUCAAAGCUCUGGCCAAGCUGGGCGCCACCUUCGGGAAGGUCGGUGUGAAGGUCUUCUUGGUGAACAUUCACGCCCAGGUGUACAAUGACAUUAGCCAUGGAGGCAUCUUUGAAGAUGGAGGUCUAGAGCGCAGCCAUGUCUUCCCCAGCAUACAUGAUGCAGUCCUCUUUGCCCAGGCAAAUGGCAGAGACGCGGCCCCAGGACACAGCUUCCAAGGGCCUCCAGUGGACCCCGAGCUCUCUUUGUACGACGACGAUUUGCAGGAAGACGGCCCCAGCUACUGGGACUUAGAGCAGGAAAUGUUCGGGAGCAUGUUUCACGCAGAGACUCUGACUGCCCUGUGA